AUGGAUGAAGAUAGUGAAUUGCCAUUUAGUUAUGAUGGUGAAACAGAUAAUGAAGCAAUUGAAUGUCCUAUUUGUUAUUGUCCGUUGAUCGAUCCGGUCGAACAUCAAUCACUGAAUCAAUGUACACAACUAUUCUGCAGACAAUGUGUCGGGAAACUUGACAAAUGUCCAUUCUGUAGAAUGGCAGUUCCACAAUGGGAUACAGUUACACUCUCACCCGCCACACUCAAAUUCUUAUUCAGACCACUCGGUGAAUUAAAAGUCACUUGCAAAGUAUGCAAGAAAUCAACCACCAGAAAGGAAAUAAUCAGUCACGUUGAAUCGUGUUCAAUCGUUUUACCACCAGGAUUUGUACCAAAAGUUGAAGAUACACCCACAAACAACAACAAUAUCAAUAACAAUAGCAAUAGCAAUAGCAAUAACAAUAUCAAUAGCAAUAGCAAUAACAAUAUCAAUAGCAAUAUCAAUAACAAUAUCAACAAUAGCAAUAGCAAUAUCAAUAAUAAUAACUACAACUACAAUAACGAUAGCAAUUUCAAUCCACAAACCAGGAAUACAUCAUUUUUUGAUUUUACAAGAAAAAUGUUUGGAACAAUAUCGGGUACCCCACCCCCUAAUACCUCUAAUAAUAUUAACAAUAGUAAUAACUAUCCAGCUGUACAAUAUAAUUCUUCAACAAAUUUAAAUUCAAAUACAUAUUCAUCUAACCCCACACCAUCUGCUUUAAAUGCACCAAUGACAACAUUAUUAUCCCAACAACAACCACCACAUCAACCAUCAGCACCACCAUCACAAGAUUUACAACCCGGUACUCCCUACUCACAUUUAGCACCUAAAUUAGCAAGUGAUUCAAUGCAACCACCACCACCACCACCCCAAUCAUCAGCAACUGACUACCAUUCGAUGUUCUACCCACAACAAACACCACAACCAUUGCAAUAUCCUCCACAGCCAAAUGGAGGUGCAGGUUACUAUAACCAACCACCACGACCAUCGACCUACAUGUUUGGUCAACCAAUCUAUCAGAACGCACCCUAUCAAUAUCCAAUGCAACAACCACCUCCACCACAACCAUCGAGCUAUCUCUACAGCUAUCCACCUCAACCACAACCACAACCAAUACCAUCGGGUGUCACUGUCACAUCAACAGCCAAUCCCAAUGGAAAGGUUCCACUGCAAACCAAGAAUUCGAUUCCACCUGAAUUCCAACACAACUACCAGAACUUUAAGACAGUUAGAGACAAAGAGACAUUCUCACACAAAUCGAUCAAGACACCAAUACAAAUGGAGAUCUACCGUAGUGCAACAUUCAACGAUGUCAAUGGUUUAUUAAAAGAUAAACCUUGGAAAUCGUUUAAUAUAGACAAUGAGCAAUAUUACAUUAAAUCAAAAUUCGAUAGUGCCGAUCACUAUUGUUUGAUCAUCACUGAUUUGGUUAUGGUUUGGUAUAAACAUUCAAAUCAAUCUCAAAUACUUAAAGAGAAAUUGAGAUAUAACCCACAUUUAGAUACUAAAACAGAAAAAGUAAUGGAGUUACUAUCUGAAAGAAUGUUUGAAAAGAAAGAUGAAACUUCAUAUUCAAUUAAAAUUGAUAAUCAUUUCAAUAUUAGGUUGACUCUGACAACCAAGAUUUCAUUCUAUACAUUUAAAUGGAUUUUUGAUUGUGAACCACUGGAGAAAGACACUAUUCUAAGUGUCGAAUCAAGAAAGAUACAUUCAUUGUUCAUCAAAGACAACUUUAUACUACCAUUGUUAUAUACUCAUCAAGAUCAACAGUCAGAACUGACUCUGCUCAAUAAGAAACUUGUACAAAAACAACAACUACAACUACAACCACAACAACAACAACAACAACCCAUUCAUCAAAAUCAGAUAAAGAAGCAUGAUCAACCAGUAUCGCAAUCACAUUCACUAUCUACACUUACGCAAGUCAGUGGAACUCUUAAUAGUCCUAAUAACAAUAACAAUGGUAUCCUCUUGAAAUCAAAAUCAAAACAACAAACCAAUUCUAUAAGAUUUAACAACAAUUCUAUUAAUAAUAAUGAUAAUAAUGAUUCAUUUGAUCAAGCUAAAUUUCAAAGUAAAGUUUUCGAUUUAUCUGGUGAUAAAACAUUAAAGAUAUUCUCUGCUUAUCAAGAUUAUCUGUCAACAUUGAACUCAUUACCUCUACCAACUUCAAAUGAUAAUAGCAACAACAUCAAUAACAAUCAUAGUAACAAUAAUAAUAAUAAUAGUAGUGAAAUAACUAGUAACAAAAAUAAUAAUCAAAGUUUAAAUACAACUAUUUUAUCAAUCGAUUACAAUAAUAUUAAUACAGAUGUAAAUGAUAAUAAUAAUACUUUACAAUUAUACUAUGAUGAAACACCUAAAAAGCAAUAUAGUAAUAUAAGAGAUCCAAAAAAUAACAAAACAAUAUCAGCUAUUCCAUUUUCAUUGGGACAUACAAGUAAUACAAGUAAUAUAGCUGCAUUAACAACUGCAAAAACAGUUAAAAUCAAUAAUAAUAAUAAUAAUAGUAAUAGUAGUGUAAAUAUAACAUCGUCAUUAUCACUAUCAAAUUGGAAUGAAGAUAAUAAUGAUGAUAACAACAGUUUAAAUCAUAUAAACUAUAUGACAAGUUCUUUUGAAAACUUUGACAGUUUUACAGAUAAUGAUGAUAAUAAUAAUGAUGAUAAUAAUAAUAAUAAUAAUAAUAGUAAUAAUAAUGAAUAUUCAGAUAUUGGUAAUAAGCAUAAUGAUGAAAACAUUAACAGAAAUCACUUAAAUAUUCAAUAUCAUCAUGAUUCAUUCAAAGAGAGUGAAGAGCUGAAAAGAAGAUUAGAGAUACAAGAGAAAAUAGAAAACGAUAAGAAUAAACGAUUUGCAAUCGAUCAGAAUUUCUUGUUUGUCUCAAAAAGCUCGAGACUAUCAGAUCUAUUGUUACCUGUAAAUAGAAACAAUUACAUUGAUAAUAAUAACAUUGAUGAUUUAAGUAUUGUAAACAAUGAAUUACAAUUUACUUUAAAUAUUUUGAAUCAAUAUUUACAACAAAAGUUUGUUGCCGAUAAAAAGAGAUUUUGUAUUGUGUUUAGUCGGUCUAGUUAUAUAGAGAGUCUUCGCACACAGUCUUUGAGUCAAUCGAUUGAAUUGCAACCAUAUUUCCAUACGUACAUCGAUUUAGAAUCGGAGCUGUCACUACUCAAUGAUCAACUUUGUACUUUGGAAUCUGCUGCUAGAACUUUGGAUAUACAGAUUUCAUAUAAUGGAGGUGAUAGUCAAGAAGUAACAUUGGCAACACAGAUCAUCACUAAACUAAUUGGACAAGGCUAUAGUUUUAUGCCUAUUGCCGAUGCCAAUGCAGUGUAUUCUCAACAACAACAACAACAACAACAAUUGCAACAACAACCAAAACAAAGAUCUUUGAAUGGAAAUGAUGAGGAAUCAGAUGAUGAAUUUAGAAGUAAAGGUGAAACUUUUGUUUUGAUACGUGGAAUGCCGUGGAGUACGAAUGAAGGUCAGAUACGUGACUUUUUCAAGCCGGUACCUAUCAUGCCGAAUGGCAUAACGAUACUUAUGAACAGUCAUGGCAAGCAGUCAGGCGAAGCGUAUAUCGAGUUUGUCGAUGAAGAUGCUGCGCGAAAGGCAAACGACUAUCACAGAAAGAUGAUGCGUCAUCGAUACAUAGAGGUACUUCCAAAGCCGAGAGCUGCUGCUAUCGCUGCGCUGCGUCGUGACGGUGGUCAACACCACCAUGUACUCGCUACAAAGAUAGUGAGAUUGCGUGGACUUCCCUAUAAUGUGACACCGGCAGAUGUCAUCUCUUUCUUUAGUGGCUAUGCAAUCAGUGGAAACAAUAUACUCAUUGAAAAGGAUUACAAUGGACGUGUCACUGGUGAAGGAUUCGUAGAGUUUGUCACCUUUGAGACCGCUAGUUCUGCAUUGAAGCAUCUUCAACACAAAGCAAUAUCCUCACGUUACAUAGAACUAUUUCCACAUGAUCAACAUGUAAAUUUCGAGAAAAAACAACAACAACAACAACAAACUAAUAAGCAAUCACAAUCACAAUCACAAUCACCCCUUCAACAACAUAAUCAAAUAUUAUCACCACCUUUAAAUAAUAAUAAUAUUUUAAAUAACAAUAUGAAUAAUAAUAAUAAUCAAUUUCAACAACAAUUAAUGUCAAGGAAUAAUAUUAAUAAUAACUUUGGAUUUAAUAAUAAUAUUAAUAGUAACAAUAAUCAACAAAUGAUGAUGAAUAUGAAUUUAGGUAUUGGUAGCGGUAACGGUAUGGGAGGUAUGUCAAAUAUAUCAUCAACUUCAUCAUCAUCAUCUUCAUUCAAUUACCAAAAUCAUUCACCAACAAUGAUUGGUAUGAGUGGCGGUUCUUUAAUGAGUUCUGGAAUGGGAGGAUUCAAUACGAACUUUAUUAAUAGUGCUAGCGGUAGUGGUGCUGGAAAUAAUAAUAAUAAUAGCUAUUUGGGUGGAGGUGGUAACUUUUCCAAUACGAGUGGAUUGGGUUCUGGUAUGGGAGUAUUGAUGGGUAACAGUAAUACUUUAGGUAGUGGUGGAUUUAUAUCAAACUUUAAUAACAGUAAUAGUUUUCCAUUGAAUAGCAAUGCUAUGUCCAAUAAUGGAUAUAUAGAUUCGAUACUAUCGCCAGGAGGUUUGAUGAUGGGACAAACAUCACCAAAUAUAACACCACAGAUGAAUCCAUCCAAUAUGAUGUUUAACCAACAGUCAUCGGCGAUGCUGCAGCAUCUACCAACACAGAUACAACUGCAAUCGCAGCUUCAAAGCAAUCCUAUGCAAUUGCCAUUCAAUAGCCAGAGCUACAGCGGCUUUAUAGAUGCCAGUAACUCUGGAAGUAAUAGCAGCGGCAGCGGUGUAGGCGGUGGUGGAAAUCGAACUAGCAGGGAUAGGGAUAAAGAUUUUCAUCCGUAUAGUCGUGGUGGUGGUGAUGGUGGUGUAGGAGGUGGUGGUAGUAAUAGUAGACACGGUAUUCGAUCUUACGAUCACGGAAAUUCUAACAAUAGUAGUAAUAGUAGUCAUCAUAACAGUUCAGGAAACUCUGGUGGUGGUGGUGGAAGGGAUAGUAGGGAACGUCGUAGGGGUAAAAACAGGGACUAUGGUAGCAGUGGCGGUGGAAAUCAUAAGGGAGAUCAUGAUUACUCUGAAUUCACUGUUAAACUUCGUGGUCUGCCUUAUUCUGCAACUGAAGAUUCGAUCGCUGACUUUUUCGAUGGACUGGGUGUCACCAACAUCAAGAUAAUCUACCAAAGGGGAAGACCGUCCGGAUUGGCAUAUGUGUCACUAUCAUCACAGUACGACUAUGACCAAGCACUGAAACGUAAUAAGAAUCAUAUGGGUUCAAGCGUAGUGGUAACAGUAAUUCACUGGUACACUUAA